AUGGACGACAACGACGAUCUUGCCAUGCGGCGCACCUUCGCCAGCCUCCUCGCUGGACCUCUCCUUAUCGCAGUCAUCAACAUCGCCGCGCUCUUCUGGUGUACCCUCCACCCGGAAGAGCGACGGCGCCGCCAGUACAGCAUUCUCGCCUCGCUCGUCGCCAGCGUCUUCCUCGUCAUCGGCGCCGGCAUUCUGCAGCCCUCCUCAACAGCUCCACAUUCCGUCCAAACCGCCAUUUGUCCUCUACAGCCUCUCGCGCUGAACUUCACACAGCGCCUCACAACCGAAUGUACCGACUUCCGAGCCUCGUGCCCGGCCAUGGAGGAGCUGUCAAACAUCGCGAAGAAGUCUUACCUGGCUCCGUCGUGGAGCAGCAUGAAAGAGGUUGAACACAAAUGGGGAGCAAAGCAUGCAGAGCAAGGGGCGCAACAACAACCCGUUCAAACACCACAAGAAGCCUCUCUGGCGGCGCAGCUCUACUUUGUGCAGCUCUACUCCAACCACUCGAGCGCGUAUAGCGCUCACUCGUGGAGAGUACGUCGGCCGCGGCUUGAGUACGAGUUGGAGCAAGUCACGCGGUUGGAGGUUUGCCUCGCCACGCCAUCUCCAUUCAGAUUGCAAGGAGUGCGCAAUCUCCCUCGACUUUUUGCGACGUGGUUGGGAUGUCGCCUCGCAGCGGACUCCCACAUGGAAGCAUAUCAUGCUCUGCGCCAGGAUAUCUUGGGCUUCUACCGCGCCGUCCUCCAGGAUUCGACGGAUAUGGGAUUGGGCUUGGUAAGAUGGGAGAAAGAGCAUCUGACACCACUGUUCCACUCGGUGCGAGCAUGGAGGGAAACGCUGGAAGGCGAGUUGUUGGGCAGGAGCAAGAGCGAUCAGUAUGAGGAUGACGUUGGCGAUGAUGGUCAGAGACGGCAGCAUCUCCGGCUCAGCUUUGUGACGGCUGUGGUGUACGAAGGGUACAUUGAGGGCCUGUUGACUUGGUCGCAGGCCACGAAGGGUCGGCAGCUACAGUUGAGACGGGAAAUGGAGUCGGAGACGGAUUGGAAGGUUCUUCAUUUUCAGGACAGCGAUCUUCGUCCAGAGCUCAGAAGCCUCGACGCUCUCCGGCGUACGAUGGAUGCCGCCGACGAGAUGUGGGAUCCGCGAUGGCGUCGCGGCGGCAGUCGACAGGGCGAGGGUAGUGAUGGGCUGGAGAAUCCUCUGUCCAAGGGAGGUGUCUGGGCAUGGCGAUGUGAGGAGCAUGUGAACGGGUAUUUUGAACGCGAGAAGACAUGUCCUCGUCUGAUGGCGCAGAACAAGGGCAGCAGUGGGGGCAAGUAA